CGUAUGGAGAAUGUCAGUUGAUCUUCGUCGGUCGUCUCGAUAGGAUCAUUAACGUGUGUCUUUAUUAAUCGAGUUAAACGCAAUGCGUGUUACGAUACAAUGAUUAAGAUAAAUCUUGAAUAAUUAAUAUUAUAAUAAAUAUUUUUUGAUAGUUCUUUUUCGUACGCGCGCGCGCGCGUGUGUGUGUCCGUGUGUGCGUGUCCGUAUGUGCGCGCGUGUGUAUGUGUAUGUAUGUAUGUAUGUAUAUGUGUGUAUAUAUGUAAGCGUGUAUGUGGAUGUAUGCGUGGGUGUGUUUGUGUGUGCGUGUGUGUGAAGGCUCACGCAAGAACGAUAAGUGCGAACGAUAAGUGUGGAAGAUUUUUCUUUUUCCUCUUUCCACUGCUCUUAAAAAAAAAAAAAUAAGAAGAAAUAAAAAAGUAAAAAAAAAAAAAAAAAAAAAAAAAAAGAAAAAACAGGAAAAACAAAAGAAAAGGAAGUACGAGAGUUUUACCUGAUAUUUAUUUGUUGCGAUUAGACAUAAGAUGAGGGUGAAGACCGUGCCGAGACAUAUGAUCUUACAAAAUGACUUAAGUGCCACGUCGAGCUCCGAAAAUGCGAAUUCCAUGAAUUCAAUAGAAAAUAAUCGUGAGGAGAAUGUAAUUUCGAGCGAUUCUCUGAGAAUGAAAGACGUGUCAGAAUUGAGAGAGGUAUCAUGUUUGACAGCUGGCAAAUAUAUUACAUCGAACGAAACGUUCUUCGUUGACGCAGUAGCUGGACCUUCGACCUGUCAAUGUUUCAAAUGGUACACCAUAGAAAAAACGAAGCAAUUCCCAAUCGUAGAUGAGAAGAACGAUUUGGAAGUAAUAGAUCUAUCUAUUCGCGAUUGUAACCUUCAAACCGUUGGGAAUGUUAAAGUUAAUGAAAACGAGGAAAUGGAUGGUUUUGAAAAUCCUGAUGAUCCAUCCUCGUAUUCAUCGUCAAUCGAUCCGGAUGAUAAAUUAAAGGAUACCUUCCUUUAUAAGAUCAUGACUGAUCCAACAUUUUUAGAGAAUAUUCAAAAGAACAAGCAACAACAACAACAGCAACAACAACAGCAACAGCAACAAUUGAUGCAGUUGCAGCAGCAGCAACAACAACAACAACAACAACAACAACAACAUUAUCGAGAGGAACAGCAACAAGUGCAACAGCAACAACAAUAUCCGCAGCAAUUGAAAAAACCUAUAUGCCCUUUUUGCCAUGACGAAUUCUCAAAUUAUUUUGAACUAAGCGAACACAUGGACGGUAAGAUGGACGAGACAAAUCAAAUCAUUUGUUGCGUUUGCAAAAAGAGUUUCGCACGUAAGAGGUAUUUACGUUAUCAUCAGAAAUGCCAUUUGGAAAGGACCAAGUUCACGUGCGACAUUUGUACGAAAAAAUAUACAAGGUUAGACAAUCUAACACGACACAAUACUUUCCACGUUAAUCCCGAUAAAUUUCCGUGCACGUCAUGCGAGAAAACGUUUGCACGAAAGGAUCUUCUUAAUAAGCAUUUAAAGUGUCACGAGAACAGGCAUCGUUAUUAUUGCGAGGAUUGUGAUAAAUAUUUUAAGGGUCAAGUGACCUUGGAUAAUCACAGAAAAUUUCAUCAUGCCGAGAUUGAGAAAUUAUAAAAGAAAAAGAAAAGAAAAAAAAAAAGAUAAACAAUGGAAACACACGUACACACGAACAAAAAGAAAA